UUUUUAGAACAUUUUAGCAUGCUUCUCUUAUUAUUUUUAGCUCCUUUGGUCUUGUCUAAUAAAAUAUCCGACAUUCACUAUUCCGAUUUGUAUUUUUAUUCUCCCUCCGAUUCCCCCAAAAACAAUUGGACAAUAAAUUAUGGAAGUUGGUUAACCCUUCCUUCUCUAGAUUUUGCAGCAGCUGCCUAUUCACCUGAUCCAAGCCCUUGUUUAGAAAAACACAAAGCUAAACUUGUUUUGCGUGUUCAAGUGCCCUGUGAUGCUUUUAGAGACGAGUGUUGGGCAUUCAUUGCAAUUUCAAGGCAUUUUAUAAUAUUUAGUGUUCGUGGUACUCAAACACAAACACAAUUAAUUGUUGAAAUUAUUGAAUCGAUGACUGGCGGUUCUGUUCAACAUUAUUUUUACGAGUCUCUUCAGGCAAUUUGGAAUGCUGGUUUUGGUACAAAAUUGGCAGAAUUGAAAAAACCCAAAGAAUUGUUAUUAGUAACGUUUGGACAGCCACGAGUUGGAAAUAUUGAAUAUGCAAAAUUACAUCGACGUCUAGUUCCAAAUUCUUUUAGAAUUGUGCAUAGAUAUGAUUUGGUGCCACACAUUCCCUACUGCUAUGAAAGACUAAGACGGCCACACAAAUGUAUCCCUUUACACGCUCACGGACCCUUUCACCACCCAACAGAAAUUUGGUAUCCAACAGAAGAAAUGAAUUUAAAUAAUUCUUUAUUUAAAAUUUGUGAUGGGCUGCCUAUUGGGGAAGACCAAAAUUGCAGGCAAAAUAAAAAAAAUAUAAAAAAAAUAUUUUUUUUUCUAGUAAUGCAUAUUUUGUUCAUUUCCAAGUUGGCGAUCAUUUAA